AUUGAAAAGGCCAAACCUAUUAAAUGUGGAACAUUUGGUGCUACAUCUCUACAGCAGAGAUAUCUAGCUACAGGGGACUUUGGUGGAAACCUUAAUAUAUGGAACUUGGAAGCUCCAGAGAUUCCCGUGUACUCUGUGAAAGGUCAUAAAGAAAUCAUAAAUAGUAUAGAUGGAGUAGGUGGCUUAGGAAUUGGAGAAGGAGCACCAGAAAUUGUGACUGGGAGCCGAGAUGGAACUGUGAAGGUGUGGGACCCAAGACAAAAAGAUACACCUGUUGCUAAUAUGGAACCAAUACAAGGAGAGAGCAAGAGAGACUGCUGGACAGUAGCAUUUGGCAAUGCCUACAAUCAAGAGGAGCGUGUUGUGUGUGCUGGCUAUGAUAAUGGUGACAUUAAAUUAUUUGACUUAAAAAACAUGUCAUUGAGAUGGGAGACCAACAUUAAGAAUGGGGUUUGCAGUGUGGAGUUUGACAGGAAAGAUAUAAAUAUGAAUAAGUUAGUGGCCACGUCACUCGAAGGAAAGUUUCAUGUUUUUGAUAUGAGAACUCAGCAUCCAACCAAAGGUUUUGCUUCGAUUUCAGAGAAGGCUUACAAAUCCACCAUGUGGCAAGUUCGGCACCUGCCACAGAACAGGGAUAUCUUUAUGACUACUGGAGGAGCUGGGAGCCUUCAUCUCUGGAAAUAUGAGUACCCUGCUCAGCGCUCAAAGACGGAUUCUGAAGGAGUUGAGAUGGGGGUGGCAGGUUCAGUCACUCUCUUACAGAAUGUAACUUUGUCAACACAGCCCAUUUCCAGCCUUGAUUGGAGCCCUGACAAAAGGGGUCUGUGUGUCUGCAGUGCCUUUGACCAGACUGUGAGGGUAUUGAUCGUUACCAAGCUCAACAAAGUUUGACCAAAAAAACCUGAUUUUCAGGGUGAAAGCAACAUAAUCUGAGGUGUGUGUAUAGAAGAGAAAGACUUUCUUUAUAACUUGAAUGUCUCCUUUUAACACAGCUGGUUUUUAAAGAAUUAAAUAACAGAUCUUUCUAUUGAAAGUUCAGAUUAAGUUACAGAUGUUUGACUAUGUAGUAUGCUGCUGUUGGAAAAAAUUGCCUACACAUAACUUUUUAACCUAAUGUAAAUUUAAAAUAAAAUAUGCCUUCUGUCUAAUGCGUUUAAAAUAACUUCUGAACUUGCCAGUAUUUUAAACUAUCUUCACAAUGUAAUUGCUUUUUUCUUCAGCAACACAAAUCAGUUUAUUCUUGUUAAAUUGUUUGCUUUGUAUGUUUAUCAUAUAGUUGUCCAUAUUUAGUUAUUAGGGACACUAUCCUAUGAUCCAUUCUAGAAAAUACCGUACAUUUAAAUAUAGGGACAGUCAAUUUCUCUGAGCCUACUUGACCAUAUUUGGCAAAGUAUGUUUGUUAAAAGUGACUCAGAUUACUUCAAUACAUGUAAACCUUAUUUAAAAACUGUGAGGAAUAGUUAGAUUUCAAACACAUUUAAUGAAUGACCCUUUUCAUAGAAUUGGUAUUCUAAUUAAGAUGUUUGGCAAAAUGAGCAAUUUUUGUUAAGAAUCAUUUUAUGUUCUUUUGUUCAUUUUUAAUCAGUCUGUUAUACAAUAUUCUACAAUAAAUAUGUGCAGUGGGUUAUUGUAAUGUGAAGUGUAUUACCCAGGAAACAGAUGUGGGGGAGGAAUACAUUUCAUUAGGUUUGCAAAAAAGGAAACAGUUUGUACCAAAGAAGCUGGUUUUGCUAUAGUCUGAUGAAUUUUUGCCUUGUUUCUUCAUUUUUGUUUCUACCUUGAAAAGCUUUAAAUUAACCAUAGUAUUGAUGAAAUUGGUUUUUAAAAAAGAAAGGGCGAUCAUCAAAUAGAAAUCUAGUCAGAAUCCAAAAAAAUUAAGUAGUUUCAUUUACUGUAGUCUGCCAAUUUUUCCUUAUUUUUAAAACAUUUUCUCACUCUUGUAGUUGCGUGAAAAAUCUGCACAAAACACUGGAUGAAACUGACUAUACAAGGGAGACAGUGAAACAUGCAUUUAGAUACACAAUGCAGGCAAACUCAAAGUGAAAAAGAUGGGGAUAAGACAAAUAUUAGGUGUAUAUGUAUAAUUUUUUAGAUGUUAUUAAUUACAUUAAGAACAACACUUUCACGGAAGUGGGAAGUAUAGUUGGUGUCAAUUUUAAUCUAAACUUUAAAAAAAGAUAUUUUGUCAGUGAACUGCUCCAUAUCUUCCCAUUACAGGUUGAACCUCCCUAGGCCAGCACUGUGUUCUGGCAACAUCUGUGGUC